UGAAACGCUCAAGGCUUGCAACGCUCAGGGCAAUUUGUUUGUUCGUACACAUACCUUCGUAACGGCUACUGAUCGCGUCUAGGAGAUAAUUUAAAACCUAGCCUAUUGACCGCCAGAGAACGUGCAUGUUGACCACUGAUGGCAACAUCGAACCGAUCUUCCGCACGGAUUUAAAACAAUUGACGUACGAAUGAGGUAUUAUUCAUCCUCGGGGAUGUUGUGGCCGACUCGAAGGCGAUAUGGCAGGUUGUUGUUCGUUUUCGCGACGAUAGUGUGCAUCUCAUUUCGUUCCUGAAUUACAGUGGCCUCAAUGAAAUGCCUAUGAACUCACACCCGCAAAGAGGAUCGAUUGUUGCAGAUGUCAUUCAGAGAGUAGAAACGCUUGAACACCAUGUUGAGAAUUCAGAAAAGCCCAGCAAAGAAGAAUGCCAGGUUCCACAUGACUGGUUGUUCCCAUUUUGUGAAUCAAAGAUUCAAUACAUACAGCAACUUUGGGGAACAAAUGCAGAAUGCUAUGUUAAUAGACACAAACUGAAGCCAGAGAACCUUUGCUCUGCCAUUAUUUACCUUAGUGAGGUUGAAAGAUUUUGUCCAUUGCUGCCAUGGCGGCGGAGAAACAGUACAAGCACCAAAGAACCCAAGCUUGCAGAAAUGAGAUUUGAGUUAGAUCAAGCAUUCAUAGACACCCUAAAUAAAUUGAAUUUGCGGUGGAUGCGUGACCGUAUCACAAGAAUGUGGCCUCAAUGGGUGGCAGCAGCCAAACAGUUCACAGCAGAGGGAUCACUACGCAGGAAACAUCACGUCAAAAAGAUUUUUAUUUUCUUCGGCACGUAUGCUUAUCAACCCAUGUGGCUGGAUAUGGCUUUCACCGGUGCACCUCUGGGAGAGAUGGUGCAGUGGAGCGAUCUGAUAGCGGCGUUGUACAUAUUGGGACAUGACGUGACACUCUCCGUGAACUCCACUACGUACCAGAGUUAUAUGUCACCUCCAAAGUCACCUGGUUGUUCUGAUGUAUUUGAGCCUGAGUUUGACCUGAUUUACACAGACUACAAUGGGUUUACCUACAUGCUGAUGCACAUUACUCCAAAUUUGUCGCCUUAUAUAUGCCGAAUAAGAAUUCUUGAUUCCUUUGGAACGGACGCACAGUUUAACUAUGGAGCAUAUAAAGGCGGGAUACCUGGCGAAAAGACAGCGUGGGCGCGAGCUGAUAUCAAUCUUCGGCAGAUCAUGACAAUGUUUCCUCAUAGUCCAGAUAACUUGUUUCUGGGCUUUGUGGUUGGUGAACCUAUUCCAGAAGAAGUUAAACCAUUGAAGAAAAAACCGAUCGGACUCGUUUAUGGCAAAGAAGCUAGCUUCUGGCGGGGAAAAAGAGAAUACCUCGACACGUUACAUAAACAUUUAGAAAUACAUGGAACGUUCUCUGCUAUGUCGGAAGCAGAGAUCAAAGAAAAUAUUCCUGAGUACGUGAUAUCACAUGGCAUUCUUAGUAAACCCGACUUAGAAAAACUUUUACAGGAAACUAAGGUGUUCAUAGGUCUCGGAUUUCCGUAUGAAGGCCCUGCACCCCUGGAAGCAAUAGCACAAGGAUGUAUUUUUCUAAAUGCCAAGUUUGACCCUCCGCAUAAUCGCCUCAACACAGGAUUCUUCAAGUUGAAACCAACUCUUAGAAACCUUACAUCCCAGAAUCCUUACGCCGAAGUCUUCAUCGGAAAGCCACACGUGUUCACCGUUGAUAUUUCUAAUCUUUCACAUGUGGAAGAGGCUGUCAAGGAGAUGUUAAGAACUGAGGUCAAGCCUUACCUUCCUCGUGAAUGGACGCAUAAAGGCAUGCUGGAACGCGUGAAUGCUUUCACAGAAUAUUAUGUGAGUACUUAG